AACCUUCGUCACCCUUUGCCAUCUCCAGAGAUAGAGCGAUAACUAAGCGCAGACAUGGCAGCCGCCGAGGAGCCAACAGCAAACGGCAGCGCCGCAGCGACGGGUGCGGACUCGGAUGUGGCCGUCUCGAAGCUCGUCGAUGGCGUGCAGACGAUUGCGCUCGAUACAUCGAAGCUGAACCCCUUGAGUCCCGAGGUCAUCUCUCGACAGGCGACGAUCAACAUCGGCACCAUUGGACACGUCGCCCACGGCAAGUCGACCGUCGUCAAGGCAAUUUCUGGUGUGCAGACUGUGCGAUUCAAGAACGAGCUGGUGCGGAACAUUACAAUCAAGCUUGGUUAUGCCAAUGCCAAAAUCUACAGAUGCGAGAACGACAGCUGCCCGCGGCCUCAAGCGUAUCGGUCGUACCCUUCGAACAAGGAGGACAACCCCCCGUGUGAGGUGCCGGGAUGCGAAGGAAGGAUGAAGCUCCUCCGCCACGUCUCGUUCGUCGACUGUCCCGGACACGACAUUCUCAUGGCAACGAUGCUCAACGGAGCAGCCGUCAUGGACGCUGCGCUGCUCCUCAUUGCCGGGAAUGAGCCUUGCCCGCAACCGCAGACGUCCGAGCACCUGGCUGCCGUCGAGAUCAUGAAGCUGAAGCACAUCAUCAUUUUGCAAAACAAGGUCGACCUGAUCCGAGAGGCGGCCGCCGAGGAGCACUACAACAGCAUCGUCAAAUUCGUCAAGGGAACUGUGGCCGACGGAGCACCUAUUGUUCCCGUGUCUGCACAGCUCAAGUACAACAUUGAUGCGGUCAACGAGUACAUUGUGAAGAAGGUGCCGGUGCCGAUUCGCGACUUCUCGAGCACGCCACGCUUGAUUGUCAUUCGGUCGUUUGACGUCAACAAGCCGGGCGCCGAGGUCGAGGAUCUCAAGGGAGGUGUGGCUGGAGGAUCGAUUCUGAGCGGGGUGCUGAAGCUGGGUCAAGACAUUGAGAUUCGGCCGGGCAUCGUGACCAAGGACAACGAGGGCCGAAUUCACUGCCGGCCCAUCUACAGCCGCAUUGCUUCGCUCUUUGCCGAGCACAACGACCUCAAGUUUGCUGUGCCUGGUGGUCUGAUUGGAGUGGGGACAAAGAUCGACCCGACGCUGUGCAGGGCCGACCGACUGGUGGGACAGGUGCUGGGCGCCGUGGGCCAACUACCGGCCAUCUACACGGAGCUCGAGAUCAACUACUUUUUGCUUCGGCGGCUGCUGGGUGUCAAGAGCGACGACAAGAAACAGACAAAGGUGCAGAAGCUGGCAAAGAACGAGGUUCUCAUGGUCAACAUUGGCUCAACGUCGACGGGAGGACGGGUGAUGAGCGUCAAGGCCGACUUGGCCAAGAUCUUCCUCACGAGCCCGGCAUGCACAGAAGUGGGCGAAAAGAUUGCGCUGAGCCGCAGAAUCGACAAGCACUGGAGAUUGGUGGGCUGGGGUACUGUCCGGAGCGGUACCACCCUCGAGGCCGACAAGUAGAAUUGCUACUCCCUACUUCUUUCUGUUUAUCUCACCCCCACAAAAAGGGAAAUCGUGUGACAUGUACCGAUAACUCAUUUCCUCGCGCUCCCCAUCACUUUUCACUCAUGAAUCGCAUUUCUCUCGCGACUGUUGUCUUACAUGAACAUGUUGUCGUAAUCACUCUGUUUUCAAACAAAUGUGGAUCAGCAUCUGGG